AUGGCGUCGUAUUCACAUACCGUAGAUAGGAAUUCUUGGACCGUUUCCGAAUUGAAAGAUGAAUUAAGAAGACGCAGGGCUAAAACAACGGGCAGAAAAAUUGAUCUGAUAGAAAGACUAGAAGCCUAUGACAGGAAUGCAAAUUUUGAGGUUGGAAAAGUGGACUCACCAGACCCUAUAGUCAUACCCUUUUGGCCUGACAGCUCGCCAAUUAAAGCUCAGAAUCUGAAUGUGAAGAAUUCGAAGAGAAGAGUUAGUUUGGAUGAUCCAAGACCAGUUAAGUACAUAAGAAUGGAAGGCUAUGAAGAUCAUGUUAGAAACUUGGUAUUAAACUACUGUUCGAACCAUUCAAAAGACCUCACAUUCCGUUUCCUUUACAACAAGGCAAAUCUUCAAUAUGCUGUUCAUGAUCAGAAUAUUGAAUGGACACAAGUAUCCAGGUUACUGAAGAUCAUGCAGAAAAGAUACAGUUGGAAACAGUGCACCAAAGUGGUUCUAAAAAGUGGUUUGAGGAGAGGCAGUACAGAUUGA